CGUAAAACAGCCACUUCCUGGAUUUAGACCAAUCAGCGUGCUCUCUGGGUUCUGCGCAAUUUUGCCGGGAAAACGGAAAUCGGCUCGGUGGAAGUUAUCAAACUCAACGAGCCAAAGUGGCGGGAGAUUUUGCCAGCUCGGUACCGGAUCAGUGGGGUGUGCGCUGGAUUAAAGGCUUGUAAGGAAUGGAGUUUAAGCGGCGAAAUGGAGGACCUCCGAUGGGCGGAGCCUCUCAGGCCAAGAGGGGCAAAAAGAGUUCUGAGUGGGAGGACGGUCCAUCGAACUUUGAAGAAGAGCUCGCCCUUCUUGACGAAAUUGACAUGGAGAUGGAAUCGGUGGAAGGGCAGGCGGGCCAUGAUGUCAUCCCAGUGGGUGAUUUAUUUUCAGCGGAUCUGAACCCACGCUGGCGCCGUCCUGCCGCCGCAACUCUUCGGCCCGAUAAAGACACGCUCGUCUUCCAGCAGAUUGACCUCGACUAUUAUCUGGGUUCUGCAGUGGCCGGGAUGCCCGGACAAGUCCAGGGGAAGGUUCCGGUGGUGCGUAUGUUUGGAGUGACCGACAGUGGGAACAGCGUCUGCUGUCAUAUACAUGGUUUUGCCCCCUACUUCUACGUUCCUGCUCCAGCCGGCUUCACGAAUUCUCACCUGGCGGAGUUUCAGAAGGAGCUGAACUCGGCUGUGUUGAAGGACAUGCGCUCCAACAAAGACAACAUCUCAGUCACUGUGCUCGCGGUGGACAUCACGCGCAAAGAGAGUAUGUACGGUUACCACGGCAAGCGUCCACUGGACUUCCUGCGCAUCACCAUGGCGAUGCCGCGCCUGGUUGCCCCGGCGAAACGUAUCCUGGAGCAAGGAUUUAAGUUUGCUCACUUCUCCAUUCAGAGCUACUCUGCGUACGAGGCCAACAUCGACUUCGAGAUCAGGUUCAUGGUGGACAGUGAUGUGGUGGGAUGCUGCUGGAUCGAAUUGCCUAAAGGGAAGUACAAACUAAGAGAGGAGAAGAGCACAGGAGAGACGGACUCCCGAGACCCAGGCAAGGUGUCUCUGUGUCAGUAUGAGGUGGAUGUUGGAUGGACAGAUUUGAUCAGUCACCCAACAGAAGGGGACUGGCAGAGAAUCGCUCCUCUGAGGGUCCUCAGCUUCGACAUCGAGUGUGCAGGCAGAAAAGGUGUGUUUCCGGAGGCUGAAGUGGACCCGGUGAUUCAGAUCGCCUCCAUGGUGCAGCGUCAGGGAGAGAAGGAGCCUUUUAUCCGCACUGUUUUCACCUUACAGAGCUGUGCUAGUAUAGUGGGCUCUCAGAUCCUCUGCUUCACCCAAGAGAAGCAGCUACUACAGAGCUGGGCGGAGUUUGUGAGGACUGUGGAUCCUGAUGUCAUUACCGGCUACAAUAUUCAAAACUUUGACUUGCCGUACCUGCUCAACAGAGCCGCUGCUCUAAAGGUGAAUUAUUUCCCCUAUCUGGGUCGUAUGAGGGGCAUCAGGUCGGUCCUUAAAGACUCCAGCUUCCAGAGCAAGCAGAUGGGCCGCAGAGAAAACAAAACCGUCAACAUGGAGGGCAGAGUGCAGUUUGACCUUCUUCAGGUCCUGCUGAGGGAUUAUAAACUGCGCUCGUACACACUCAACGCCGUCAGUUUCCACUUCCUGCAGGAGCAGAAGGAGGAUGUCCAGCACUCGAUCAUUACAGACCUGCAGAAUGGAAAUGAGCAGACGAGACGGCGUCUGGCUGUCUACUGUCUGAAAGAUGCCUACUUGCCCCUGCGCUUGCUGCAGAAGCUGAUGUGUGUGAUUAACUACAUGGAGAUGGCAAGAGUGACUGGCGUGCCCCUGACCUACCUCCUGUCUCGAGGCCAGCAGAUUAAAGUCGUGUCCCAGUUACUACGACAGGCCAUGAAGCAGAACUUGGUGAUGCCGGUAGUAAAGACUGAAGGUGGGGAGGAUUAUACAGGAGCUACAGUCAUUGAGCCAGAGAAAGGGUACUACAGUGUGCCGAUUGCCACUCUGGAUUUUUCCUCGCUGUACCCAUCCAUUAUGAUGGCUCAUAACCUGUGUUACACUACGCUACUGCAGAAAGGCCAAGCAGAGAAACUGGGCCUUUCUUCAGACGACUUCAUUAAGACUCCUACGGGAGAUCUGUUUGUCAAAAGUUCGGUGAGGAAGGGGCUCCUGCCCGAGAUCCUGGAGAACCUGCUGAGUGCCCGUAAGAGGGCGAAGACUGAUCUGAAGAAGGAGACUGACCCGUUCAGGAAGCAGGUGUUAGAUGGCAGGCAGCUGGCUUUAAAGAUCAGCGCCAACUCUGUGUACGGUUUCACUGGUGCCCAGGUGGGCAAACUGCCCUGUCUGGAGAUCUCACAGAGUGUUACAGGCUUCGGCAGGCAGAUGAUUGAACAGACUAAGCAGCUUGUGGAAUCCAAAUACACCUUCGCGAAUGGAUAUCCAGCUGAUGCCAAGGUCAUCUAUGGAGACACAGACUCUGUGAUGGUGAAACUGGGAGUGGACACAGUGCAGGAGGCGAUGAGAGUAGGGAGGGAGGCGGCUGAGUGGGUGUCCUCACACUUCGUUCCCCCGAUCAAGCUGGAGUUUGAGAAGGUGUACUACCCGUAUUUACUGAUCAAUAAGAAGAGGUACGCUGGCCUGUAUUUCUCCUCCAGUUCCGAGCAUCACGAUAAGAUGGACUGUAAGGGAAUCGAGACUGUGAGGCGAGACAACUGCCCCCUAGUGGCCAACCUCAUCAACAUGUGCCUUCAAAAAAUCCUCAUAGACCGAGAUCCUGACGGAGCUGUAGCUCAUGCUAAAGAGGUGAUCUCAGACCUUCUGUGUAACCGCAUUGACAUCAGUCAGCUGGUCAUCACCAAGGAGUUGACGCGCACGGCGCAGGAGUACGCAGGCAAGCAGGCCCACGUGGAACUCGCAGAGAGGAUGCGAAAGCGGGAUGCAGGCAGCGCUCCUAAUCUUGGCGAUCGAGUUCCAUAUGUUAUUAUCAAGGCAGCUAAAGGAGUAGCAGCGUACAUGAAGUCAGAGGACCCUAUUUAUGUGCUAGAGAACAACAUCCCUAUUGACACGGAAUACUACCUCGAGCAGCAGCUGUCUAAACCUCUGCUGCGCAUCUUUGAGCCUAUACUGGGAGAAACCAAAGCUGAGAGUGUUUUACUCAAGGGAGAUCACACACGCUGUAAGACUGUUCUGACCUCCAGAGUGGGAGGCCUCAUGGCCUUUGCGCAGAAACGUAACACGUGCAUUGGCUGCAAAGCGGUUCUCAAAACAGACACUGCUAUGUGUGAUUUCUGCAAGAAGAAGGAGUCGGAGCUCUACCAGAAAGAGAUUGCUCACCUGUCCACCCUGGAGGAGAAAUUCUCUCGUCUGUGGACUCAGUGUCAGCGCUGCCAAGGGUCCCUGCAUGAAGAUGUGCUGUGUACCAGUCGAGACUGUCCUAUCUUCUACAUGAGGAAAAAGGUUCAGAAAGACCUCGGGGAUCAGGAGAAGCUGGUCUCGCGUUUCGGCUGGUGAGAGGAUCUCAGGAUUUACACCGUUUUGUGUAAUUGUGGUUUGGUUUUGUUACUCUCCAUUUGUAAACCUUUUUGUACGCAACCAAUAAAAAUAUUUUUUCCCUUUUUUUUUGUAAAAUGCUGGAUAUUUUUUGUCUGUUCUUUUCUGAACUCUUUUGCUGGUAACUGAAGAGCACCGAAGACGUCCGUUAGGUACACUCGCUGUCCACUUCGUUAGGAACACGGGCACGUUCGUGCAGUUGUCUAACCAGCCAAUCGUGUGGCAGCACCACAAUGCAUAAAAUCAUUCAGAUAAUGUUUACAUCAAACAUCAGAAUGAGGGUGUGAUCUGUGACUUUAAAUGUGGUAUGCUUGUUGGUGCCAGAUGGGCUGGUUUGAGUAUUUCAGAAACUGCUGAUUAGAUGACUGCAUGAAUGUACAAGUGUUCCUAAUCAAGUGCUGAGUGAGUGCAUGUAUAGCUCAUACUCAGUAGGAUAAAACCAAGGGACUUGCUUUAUUCUUAAAACUUUUUUGGAAAGUCUGUAUACCACUUCUGUAUAAAGUAAUUAUCUUAAGAUAAUUGAGAGCUGGUCAGAAAGUGUUUAAUUUUUCUAUUACAGCAGCAAUUCUGCCUGUGAAUCCAGUCACAUGCUCAUUCUAAUUUGUUAUUUCUGAAGUAAUAAUGAACACAGGGCCUUAACGUAACUGAUUUGGUGAGGUUUACUCUGGAGAGACAUUUCUUUUGGAAGGAGUCUCCAGUGUCAGUGUGUCGUCACGGUCUGAGGUAAGUGGGCGGAACAACCAAGGAAUAACUUGUGGAUGUUCCACAACAUUAAAUGUAGCUGUGAAUGGAUAAAAAGGUAUGAGGUGUAAUUCUUUUUGUUGUUUAAAUGGUACUCAGGAACCUGCUCUGAUAUAAAAGUCAAUGAAUCAAACGUUUCAGGAAAAUCCUCAUCUCUGGUGUAUUAACAUUGGGUCACACCACACCACUCUAAUUGCAUGCCCGGUCAUGUGUUAUUCUUUACUUAACUACUAUGAGAAUAAGACAAGUGGGACAGAAACGGAGGACUCUUAGCCAAAAUCCUUUUUAAUUAACAAAAUUCCAUUAAACUCCUAAAAGUUUCUCAUCGCUAUGGCAACAGGAAUGCAUCAGAGGUGUUCAGACCCUGAUCUGGGCCUGAUUUUUAUUACAAAUAAAUGUAUCCUGUAUUAUUUGCUCCUUUAUAACGAUGAAAGUGAGGGAAUACAAUACAAUCAUCUCUCUAGCCUUGCUCGCAGUAAAGAAGAGCUGAGAAUGAGGCAGAGACAGCAGUGGUGAGAGACAGAGAGGGGAAGGAGGAGAAGGAGAGGGGUGUGAUGCUACAUCGCAACCUUUCAAGCACAGAUGCAUAGUGGUUACAGGUAGGGUACUAGCUCUGAGAACAUUAACGUGUACACCAAAAGUCAUGGUGUUUAAAAAUGUGAGCUGAAGAUUUGAGUACAGGAAUGCUACAAAAAAAAAGUAAAAAUUCAGAAAAACCAAUAGGCGUAAUCAGAGCAUGUAUUCGGCGGGAUAAAAGUUAUCCAAACGAGUCCAAUGACACGUGAAUCUUGAAGUUUUUAUAAUAUGUAAAGCCCAAAGUAGGAACCUCUGCAUUUGGCGAGCCACAUACACCCACUGCAAAAAAAAAAAAAAAAAAGAAAAA